UGCCUGAACAUAAGAUCCAUCAAAUUUAUCCAACACAAAAUGUCACAGCUGAGGUUGAAGCUUUCAGUUUUCCCUUUCUCAGACAAUGGAACUUCAAGUACUGUCAGAUGUAGUAGCCUUAAUAACUCAACAGUAAGUACAUGUAAUCAAUCAUUACAAAAAUCAAUUGGAAAAAUAAGAGAGAGGAUUACAAAUGGAAAGGUUGAGAUAUCUCCGUCUGCAUACGACACGGCGUGGGUGGCUAUGGUGCCGGCGAGGGAAUAUUCCGGCUGUUUCCCGCAGUGCUUGGAUUGGAUCUUUGAAAACCAGAACCCGGAUGGGUCAUGGGGUAUGGAUCCGGGUCAUCCAUCUCUGGUCAAACACUCUCUUUCUUGCACACUCGCAUGCUUGCUUGCCCUCCGCAAAUGGAACGUCGCCCACCAACAACUCCACAAAGGAUUGGAAUUCAUAAGAGCGAAUAGUUGGGCAGCUAGCGACAAGGAUCAAAUUUCUCCAAUUGGUUUCAAUAUUAUUUUCCCUAUGAUGAUCACCUAUGCUAAUGAAAUGGACCUUACUCUGCCUUUUGACCAACAUUUACUUGAUUCUAUAUUUCAAAGUCCUUACUCCCAAAUUAUAAGUAGUAUUUUGAAAUCUCUGGCAGUGCCCACUGUUUAUCCAUUGGAAAUAUACACUCGUCUCUGCCUCGUCGAUACCAUCCAAGAGUUGGGAAUAGAUCGAUACCUUCAAUACGAAAUCGACAUUAUUCUUGAUGAAACAUACAGACUAUGGAAACGGAAAGAAGAAGAGAUUUUCACAGACAUUACUUGUUGUGCCGUGGCAUUUAGACUAUUGCGGAUCAAAGGAUUUGAAGUCUCGUCGGAUGAAUUGGCUCCAUAUGCCGAGCAAGAUCACGUUAACCUAGAAACGACCGGCGUGAGUACGGUUCUUGAGCUUUACCGAGCAUCGCAUAUAUCAAUACACGAAGAAGAAACAACUCUCGACGCUAUAAAUGAUUGGACCAGCAAAUUUCUGAAGCAGCAGUUGCGUAGUGAAACCAUUUUUGACAAGAAAUUGCAAAAAAAGGUGGAAUACGAGUUGAAGAACUUCCACGGCAUACUAGGACGAGUUGGAAAUAGACGAAGCCUUGAUCUAUACGACGUGGAUAAUUACCAAAUUAUGAAAACCGCGUAUAGGUGCCCCACAAUAUAUAACCAAGACUUUCUCGUAUUCGCGCGGCAAGAUUUUAAUCAUUGCCAAGCUUUACACCAGAAAGAGUUUCAGCAAUUAGAGAGGUGGUACAAAGAUUGUGGGUUGGACCGGUUGAACUACGGACGAAAUGUACUACAUGUUGCUCAUUUUAUCGCAUCAACAGUUAUUGGCGAUCCGCAAUUGGUUGAUGCUCGAAUGUCCUACGCCAAACAUGUUGUGCUUGUAACACGUAUCGAUGAUUUUUUCGAUCAUCACGGUUCUAGAGAAGAAUCACACAAGAUCCUAGAAUUAGUAAAAGAGUGGAAGGAGAAGCCAGCUGUAGAUUAUGGUUCGCAAGAAGUUGAGAUACUCUUUUCCGCGGUGUACCGAACCGUAAACGAGUUGGCAGAAAAGGCUUCUGUCGAGCAAGGCCGUUGUGUUAAACAUCAUCUAAUUAACCUGUGGGUUCAAAUUCUUACAAGCUUCGUUAGAGAAUUGGACACAUGGUGCGACGAUGCUGCAAUGACCUUGGACGAGUACUUGUCUUUUGCUUGGGUGUCAAUCGGUUGCAGAAUCUGCAUUCUCACUUCCAUCCAUUUCAUGGGUAUAAGAUUAUCCGACGACAUGAUUUUGGGUGAAGAAUGUACUAACUUGUGCAUACAUGUUAGCACGGUCAACCGUCUAUUGAACGAUCUUCAAUCUUUUCAGAAGGAGAAAGAAGAAAAGAAGUUAAAUGCAGUGAGCAUUCUAAACGAAGCUCGUGAUAAAGAUGAAGAGAUGGUCGUUUCGGAGAUAGGAAAAUUGGUAGAGUACAACAGGAGAAAACUGUUGAGAAUGGUUUAUCAAAGAGGAAGUGUUCUUCCUAGAAGAUGCAAAGAUUUGUUCUCGGAGACGUGCAAAAUCGGUUAUUAUUUGUACUCGUCUGGUAGUGGUGAUGAGUUCACUUCUCCACAACAAAUGACGGAGGAUAUGAGGUUAAUGAUUCAUACACCCCUAAAACUUCCUCCCUCUUAAGUCAUAUGUAAUUUUAAUUUAUUUUUUUCUGUUGAAACAUUCAUGUGAAUGUAUUUCACACAAUGCAUGGCUCAUAACCUUGAUUUCUGAAAUAACUUCGAGUUUAGAAACAAUAUUGGUUUUGCAUCUAGCCGAGAGAUCUUUAUGGCUAAAAUAGUGAAUUUAUUGUUUUAAUUAGUGUGCUAGCAUAUUUAGUAUGUACUGAAACACACAAAGUCAAAUAAUCGUUUAUUAGGAACAAAA